CGGCGGCAUCUUGUUACAUUGAGCUCAUAGUUAAGGAAUCAGACAACAACGUAAAAUUGAUUGUGCUUGACAGACUCGAUGAAUUGCGUGAGAAACACGAGCACGUGUUGGAUGACUUGGUUCCGGAUAUUUUACGCGUGUUGUCAAGUCCUGACAUAGAGGUUCGUCGCAAGGCCCUUCGUAUCGCUUUGGAAUUAGUGUCGAAUCGUAAUGUGCAAGAAGUGAUUACGCUUUUAAAGAAAGAGCUCAGCAAAACUCUCGAUCAGGACUACGAAAAGAACAAUGAAUAUCGCCAACUAUUAAUCCAAUCUAUUCAUUCGUGUGCUAUUAAAUUCUCCGAAGUUGCUGCUAACGUCGUUCAUGUGCUCAUGGAAUUCCUUGGCGACUCGAGUAAUUCAUCGGCUGUAGAUGUAAUCACCUUUGUUAGAGAAGUUGUUGAGAAAUUCCCAAGUUUGAGAACUUCGAUAUUAGAAAAGUUGCUUGAUACGUUUAUGGAUGUCAAAUCUGGAAAAGUGUUUAGAGGCGCUCUAUGGAUUGUUGGCGAAUAUUGUUCGGAAGUACAAGAUAUCGAAGAGUCGUGGAAACAAAUUCGUGCGGGUCUUGGCGAAAUCCCAAUAUUGGCAUCCGAGCAGAAGUUGCUUGACGAAGCCUCAAAGGAAGACAAGCCGGAUGAAAGCACUGAACAGAAAACUCUACCUACGUCGUCUCGUAGAAUCCUGGCUGAUGGAACAUAUGCCACAGAGUCUGCGUUUUCGUCCAACUCAUCUGCAAUGGCCAAGUUAGAGGCUGUCAAAUCUGCCACCAAGCCCCCGUUGAGAGCCUUGAUACUUGGAGGUGACUUCUUCCUCGGGUCAGUAUUGGCAUCAACGUUAACCAAGCUGGUUAUGCGAUAUACGGAAAUAUCUGAUGAUCCUGCACGCGUUAAUGCACUUCGGGCCGAGGCAAUGUUGAUAAUGGCUAGCAUAAUCCGCGUGGGGCAAUCACAGUUUGCAGCUUCUCCAAUUGAUGAAGAUACAUAUGACCGAAUAAUGGCCUGUAUGCAUGCGUUACAAGAAUUUUCAAACGACAACACAAUUAAAUCAAUAUUUUUACAUGACACCAAGGCCGCGUUGACAAGAAUUGUGGAAAAUGAAGAGAAAAAAGCGGCAGCCAAGAGAUCAAAGGAUAAGUCUGCCGCGGCCGGACAGGUGGAUGAUUUGAUUACGUUUAGACAGUUCUCUAAACGUAAUCUUGGAGACGAGGCUGAUGAGUAUGAGCUAGAUUUGACGCGAGCUACCGGUCAGACUGACCCAAAAGACGAUUUGAUUUCAAAAUUAAGUCGUGUGGUGCAAUUGACUGGGUUCUCUGAUCCCGUGUACGCCGAGGCUUACGUCAACGUCCAUCAAUUCGAUAUUCUUCUUGACGUUCUAAUUGUCAAUCAAACAAGCGAAACACUGCAGAAUUUGACGUUAGAGUUUGCUACACUUGGUGAUUUGAAGUUGGUCGAACGUCCUACACAGCACAAUCUUGCUCCUCAUAGUGUUCACAGCGUAAAAGCUACAAUUAAGGUCUCAUCUACUGAAGCGGGAGUCAUAUUUGGUAAUAUUGUAUAUGAUGGACCGGGAACAUCGGAAAGUAAUUGUGUCGUCAUGAAUGACAUUCAUAUUGACAUCAUGGACUAUAUAAACCCUGCUUAUUGCAAUGAAACCCAGUUCCGAAGCAUGUGGUCUGAAUUUGAAUGGGAAAACAAAGUUAACGUUAAUACCAACAUCGCUGAUCUUCGCGAUUACUUGAACCAUAUUAUGAAAUCCACAAAUAUGUCUUGCUUGACUCCCGAGGCGGCCCUGGAAGGAGAUUGUGGGUUCUUAUCUGCCAAUAUGUAUGCCAGGAGUAUUUUUGGUGAGGAUGCAUUGGCAAAUCUCAGCAUCGAGAAGCAAACCGAUGGUGCGAUCAGUGGUCAUGUUCGUAUUAGGAGCAAGACUCAGGGAAUCGCUUUAAGUCUAGGAGACAAGAUUACGUUGGCUCAAAAAUCUGCUGCCUAG